AUGCACUCACAAUUUACUCGACGGGUUUUAGUUCUAGCAAAAAAUGCCAGUUUCCGUAACUUUGCAACGGCAAGAAUGACUCAAACAACGAACGGAAUCAAUGAAAAUGGCCACUCAGCAUCCACUGAUCUUUUGGAUACGCCAUCAGCCUACACUCAAAAGUCAAAUAAAACCCAUACUAGCAUCGAUUUGAGAUCGGACACAGUAACCGUUCCAUCUCUAGAAAUGCGCCAAGCCAUGGCUGAAGCUAUAGUUGGUGACGAUGUCUAUGGAGAAGACACAACUACGGUUAGACUCGAACAACGUUGUGCGGAGCUGUUUGGAAAAGAAGCUGGAUUGUUCGUAGCCAGUGGAACUAUGGGAAAUCUUCUGGCGAUUAUGGCUCAUUGCCAGCGUGGCGAGGAGAUCAUCGUCGGUCGCUACAACCAUAUCCAUCGUUGGGAGCAGGGAAAUUAUGCGCAGUUGGCUGGAAUCUCGGCAACAACUCUGGAAGUCAAGCCAGAUGGAACGAUGGAUUUGGACGAUAUCGAGCAGGCGAUUCGUGUCCAGGGAGGUUAUAUUCAAAUUUAUGAUGAGAGUAGUGAUACUGAAGUGACAAGUAUACCCGAUUGCCAUAUGCCCGCUUCGAAGCUCAUUUGUAUUGAGAACACUCAUAAUUAUACCGGUGGAAAGGCUCUUCCAAUUGACUGGAUGAGAUCCGUAAAAAUGCUCGCUGAACGUCGAAGCCUUAAAGUUCACAUGGACGGUGCCAGAAUCUACAACGCAGCUGUUUCCUGUAACACGACCGUCAAACACAUUGCCUCAUUCGCCGACACCGUUCAAAUGUGCUUCUCUAAAGGUCUCGGAGCCCCAGUCGGAUCGAUUCUUGUUGGACCCAAAGCUUUUAUCGAUAAGGCUCGACACAGCAGAAAAGCAUUGGGUGGUGGAUGGAGACAGAGUGGAGUGUUGGCUGCUGCUGCACACGUGGCAUUGGAUCAUGCGGAGGCGACCAUCAAGGCUGAUCAUGAAAGAGCCAAGAAGCUCUCCAAAAUGAUUAAUGAGGCAACACCAGAAGCAUUAAGAACUAAAGUAUACGCCAAGGAGAACGACAUCACCAACAUGGUUCUGAUCCACUGUGAGAAUGGGGUGUCUGUUCAACAGCUUACCGAUUUCUUCCAAAAACACGACAUCCUCGCCAUGACGUUCGAUGCGAGACGCAUUCGAAUGGUUCUCAACUGGAAUGUGACCGAUGAGAAUCUGGAUACCAUUGUUGAAGUCUAUAAGAAAUUUGUGGCACAAUUGUGA